GCGCCGGGGGCGCGCUGCCAACCCGCGGGGGCUGCGGGCGCUCCCGGGGCCGCUCGGCAAACUUUUCCCCAGCCCACGUGCUAGCGGGGCGACCUGCUGCCCCGGCCGGGGAUGGAGCGCCGCGCCUAGGCACGCGCGCAGCCCGAGCCGUUCAAGGGGUGAGCGAUGCUGACCGCGCCGAGCUGACCGCCGCGGCCCCCGGGCUAGUGGCCCCUCGCCCUCUGCGUCUUCCUUGGCUGCGCGGUGGGCGCCGGCUCCUCGGAUGAGCUCUCCAGUUCCCCGACUUUGAGAGGCGCCUCUCCCCCGCCCGGCCGCCCAGAUGCAGUUUCGCCUCUUCUCCUUUGCCCUCAUCAUCCUGAACUGUAUGGAUUACAGCCACUGCCAAGGCAACCGAUGGAGACGCAGCAAGCGAGCUAGUUAUGUAUCAAAUCCCAUUUGCAAGGGUUGUUUGUCUUGUUCAAAGGACAAUGGGUGCAGCCGAUGUCAACAGAAGUUGUUCUUCUUUCUUCGAAGAGAAGGCAUGCGCCAGUAUGGAGAAUGCCUGCAUUCCUGUCCAUCUGGGUACUAUGGACACCGAGCCCCAGAUAUGAACAGAUGUGCAAGAUGCAGAAUAGAAAACUGUGAUUCUUGCUUUAGCAAAGACUUUUGUACCAAGUGCAAAGUAGGCUUUUAUUUGCAUAGAGGCCGUUGCUUUGAUGAAUGUCCAGAUGGUUUUGCACCAUUAGAUGAAACCAUGGAAUGUGUGGAAGGAUGUGAAGUUGGCCAUUGGAGUGAAUGGGGAACAUGUAGCAGAAAUAAUCGCACAUGUGGAUUUAAGUGGGGUCUGGAAACCAGAACACGGCAAAUUGUUAAAAAGCCAGCCAAAGACACGAUACCAUGUCCAACUAUCGCCGAAUCCAGGAGAUGUAAGAUGGCCAUGAGGCAUUGUCCAGGAGGAAAGAGAGCCCCAAAGGCAAAGGAGAAGAACAAGAAAAAGAAGAGGAAGCUGAUAGAAAGAGCCCAGGAGCAACACAGUGUCUUCCUAGCUACAGACAGGGCUAAUCAGUGAAAUAAAAGACAUGUAGGGUAGAUUUUUUUUUGUGGGGGGGGUAUUUUUGCAAAAGUGCACAAAGCUACUCUCCACUCCUGGACACUGGCAUGUGGCACUUGCGCUGCUUUGACCAGUAUCUGUUCCUAGUAACCUUGUGAAUGGAGGAGCCACGAGCGUGGCCUGUUAUUUAUGCUUUGAUUUGCAUCUGGAGACUGUGAAGGCAGAGCUUACAAACCAGUAGAAGCAGAAGUGUAGGGGUCCAGCGUAUGCCUUGGCUCCAUGUGCCACUGAGAGAUCGUGGCACCAUGGAAGGGCAAGAGCUGUGAGGCCACAGACCACCACUGGAGAACAGACUUGUGCAUAUUUGUGGGGAAGAAGACACUCAGCAGGCAAAGUGCUAUUUCACUGGCAACCUUGAUUUCUCACAUUGUGCAUUUGCAAGGAUAAAUGUAUGCGGAGAUCUGCUUUGAGCUGGGGGUAUGGUCCAGGAAUUCCUGCUCAGCCUCACAGUAGCUCCAACUUGUACAUAUUCUGUGGGGCAACAUAUAAACCUCCUACUUACUGUAUAUUUAUGCUUUCUGAUGUGUAACAAGUCAUCCCCAAUUAAUGUCACUUUGUUUCUAGUGGUUCCUAACCAUUGUCCAGUAAAUAACUGUUCUAGAUUUGCGAAUUGAUCAAUGUUUUGUUGACCCUUGACAUUUAACUUUUCUUUUGAGGGCUUAUUUCCCUUUGUAAAAAUAGGAUAAGCUAGUUUGUACAUAGGCUCAAAUGACCAGUGUCAAAGAAUUUGAAUAUCAGUAGACCUUCCCCACUCUGUCUCCUCAUGCAGAUAAAGCAUGUGACAGGCAGAAGCGGAAACUCCCUUUCCAUCUGAGAUGUGAGGACUUUAUGGAACACAAUUGAAAACAUGAGGAAUGACAUGCAGUCCCUUCUAGUACUCAUCAUGCUGUCUCACUGCCUAGCUAGAGAAUUUUUCAAACUUUUGUUCCAAACUUUAUUAUACACACACACACACACACACACACACACACAUUUAUUUAAAGCCAUCCCUGACUUACCAUGACAGGGUACAUAACAAUAUUCUUGGGUCACUGUAGAAAUUACCAUAAUGAGACCAUGGAUAGAAUUUGAGGAGAAAAUAGGAAUGGAUCCCUAUAACUGCUGGUCACAUCUUAACAGGUCUUCUUGGAGCCAAAAUUGGUAACCUUUCCAAGACAGAGGAACACUGUGGAGCCUUCCAGGGGACUUUCAGAGGAGUUGUUUCAAAAACAUCAUUGUGUAGUUGGGGGAAUCCAUUCCUAGAGGGUUUUGAAAUUGGCUUCUAAAAGCAUCAUUGUUGUCUUGACUAAUUCAGAAGAAAAUUAGAACAAAGUGAAAUGGUUACAGAUGUUUAAGGGAAAAAAAGCAAGGUAAAGCCUUUUUUCUCACCUUGCAUUGGCAAAACUACCUCUCCACCAUUUUUGUUUAACUUUUGAGUCAAAAGCAUCUUACCAGUAAGUAUGAAUGUCAUAUACAUCAUUAUGAGAAUACUAUUGCUAUGAGAUAAGAAGCCAUAUAUGAAUGUUGUAUACUACUUUAGGAUUUGCAUUGAAUCCUAAAGUUUUCACCUCCUUUCAAUCUAUUUACACUAUAUUCCUAUUUACUAAGUGGGGAGGGGGCUUCUUUAUAUAAUGCUUCAUCGUUAAAAAGUCAGUAUCUGUUCUGUUUCUGAGAUGAU